CGCUUGCCUUUCCCCCGAUCCCACAGGUGAGCCCAAUCCCCUCCCACCCAGUCCACACCGUAAUCCGGCGUAAGUGCAAUCGUUCUGGCAGAAUGGUUUACACUAACCUUGACCCAGGCUCACUCAGUUGGAUUCUUCCAGUGCGAGACGGUAUACCUUGCUCAGGCGGCUCAAACGAAGCCCUCCGUAGAUGGAUCGUGUGUGGUCUGGGGUAGAUGUGCUCCGUGUUGAGCUACCUGACGAAGAUCCUCAAGGCGGGCCACGCUACUUCAGCCGGAUGCAGGUGCUUUCCUUGGCCAUCUGGAAGUCGCUCUCCUGCGAGUUCCAAAGGAGUCCAUGUGCGCACUUUCGGGUGCCCUGUCCCGAUCCGACGUCCGCCUUGGAGCUGUGCGAUUGGGACCGGCCAUUGGAAGGAAAACUGCAAAGGAGGAAGUUCGAGACUAGGCCGCACCAAGGUUACGCAGUCGGGGCUUCGCGGUGUCCCAUUAAACCAUUAGAAGCGGCCUCCUUGCGUCAGGUUCGUUCUCAUCCUCCGCGAGGCGACGGACGGAUGGAUGUGGCCGAGG